UGACAGGCUCGGGGAGCAGCGUAGGCGCUGCCAAUCAGCGCGUAUCUACAGGGUGUCGACUGGGCUAUCAGCAACCGCGAUAGCGCUGGGGGCCCGAGGUUGGAGGGAGUCGGAAGUAUCUGUGUGGGGGCAUCGCUAUCACCAUGGGGGCCGUGCUCGGGAUCUGCUCUUUGGCCAGUUGGAUUCCAUGCCUUUGCAGUGGUGCAUCAUGUUUAUUAUGUCGCUGUUGUCCUAACAGCAAGAAUUCUACAGUGACUCGGCUCAUCUAUGCUUUCCUUCUUCUUCUUAGUACUCUUGUUGCGUGCAUCAUGCUGGCACCAGGAAUGGAGAAACAUCUCAAAAAGAUUCCUGGUUUUUGUGAUGGCUUUGAUUGUGAAGCUUUGGUUGGAUAUAGAGCUGUCUAUCGAGUCAGUUUUGCUAUGGCUGUGUUUUUCUGCCUCUUUGCCUUACUUAUGAUACAGGUGAAAUCGAGUAAAGACCCACGGGCUGCCAUCCACAAUGGAUUUUGGUUCUUCAAAGUAGCUGCAGUUGUUGGAAUCAUGGUUGGGGCAUUUUAUAUUCCAGAAGGGCCUUUCACAACAGUACUAUUUGCUUUUGGAAUUGGGGGUGCUUUCCUCUUCAUUCUCAUCCAACUGCUGCUGCUUGUGGAUUUUGCUCAUUCCUGGAAUGAUUCCUGGGUUGAACGAAUGGAAGAGGGAAAUUCCAGGUGCUGGUAUGCUGCUCUGCUGUCAUGCACCAGCUUGAACUACAUCCUAUCUUUCAUUGCCGUUGUACUCUUCUAUGUCUUCUACACAAAACCAGAUGGCUGUAUUGAGAACAAGUUCUUCAUCAGCUUUAAUAUGAUAGCAUGCAUUGCUAUAUCUAUCAUAUCAAUCCUUCCCAAAGUCCAGGAACAUCAACCUCAUUCUGGUCUUCUCCAGUCCUCUGUGAUUACGCUCUAUACCAUGUACCUCACAUGGUCAGCCAUGUCUAAUGAGCCUGACCGCCACUGUAACCCAAGCCUUCUGAACAUCAUCAGCCAAAUAUCUGAACCUACUUCCAUCCCGUUGAAUGCAACUGUUAUUCCUACUCCUAUACCAGAAAAAUCACCUCAGUGGUGGGAUGCACAGAGCAUUGUUGGACUUACUAUCUUUGUAGUUUGUCUCCUGUAUUCCAGCAUCCGAUCUUCUAACAACAGCCAAGUGAACAAGUUGACUCUGUCUGUCAGUGACAGUGUCAUUCUGGAUGAUACACCAAAUACAGCUGAUGUAGAAGAUGGAGAAGUCCGCAGAGUUUUUGACAAUGAAAAGGAUAGUGUCCAGUAUAACUAUAGCGUCUUCCACUUCAUGCUAACUCUCGCUUCCCUGUACAUAAUGAUGACUCUUACUAAUUGGUAUAGUCCUGAUGCUGAAACUAAAACACUGAAAAGCAAAUGGCCAGCUGUCUGGGUGAAGAUCUCCUCAAGCUGGGUUUGUCUUCUUCUUUAUAUCUGGACUUUAAUGGCACCCAUGAUUCUUACCAAUCGAGACUUCAGUUAAGUGGUAACUUCUGUGAAAGCAUGGAGAUAUGACAUUCUGCUCUGCUGAAAGCCAAAAGUUAUGUAUUGCUUCGUGGACCUAAGGCUCCGGGCAUCAUUCCUGCAACAGGCAGAUAAAUAGAAAUCUAACUUGUUUAAUGCUUAAUGCAGAAUCUAAGUGCUGUACAUAUUAAUGUGUUAAAUUCAAAGCUAGCAUUCCUGUUUUCUACUACAGCUGUGCUGUUAAAGGAUUUCUUAAAAAGCUUGUGUAAACAUUAUCUCUAUUGGAAGUAUGAAUGAAAAAUAAUAUAUUCUAAAGUUGUUCUGAUAUUUCACUGUAUGGAAAUGAGUACCAUUGCUGCAUUGCUCUACAUUCCAUUUCAGAAAAAAAGUAUCUGAUGGAGCUUUGAAUAAUGGAUAAAGUGUUUUUCUUAACAGAGAAUAGCAUGCUAAUGUAAUAUACCAAGCCUAUAACUGGCAACUUUUGGGAUCAUUGUAGAAAACAAAUGUUAUAGGAACCCUGCAUACUGCUAAACUUUUAAUGUUUUACCGAUUAGUUAUCUGAUUUACUUUCAACACAUUAAACAAGCAAUGUUUGUUAAACCUAGUAUAUCAUACCACUCAGUUUGACAUUAUUUGCACUAUAAAUAUGUUUUAUUAAAACUAAA